AUGAAGCAAAAGAGCUCCAACAUUCUCUUAGCGGUGUUUCUUUUUCAUUUAGUCCUAACGAUUGCAAGUGGAAACAGCCUUCAAAAAACACUGUUAGAAAACUAUCAAAAAUGCAUUAACGACAAAGAAGAAAAGGACUGUCUAGCUUUAUUUAAUGAACUGGACACGAACGGUGACGGUAAAAUAUCCCAUGAUGAAUCCGAACCGUUUUUAGAAAAACUGGCAAGAAGUUACAUUCUAACAGACUCCAAACCUAUAGAUUCUCGGAUUCCCAGGAGGAUGGUUUAUCUUUUAUCUAAUCCAAUUCAGGAUAUGUUUGCAGAAUUCUUCAUUGCAGCAGAUGCAAAUAAAGAUGAUAAACUCACUUUCAAUGAAUUUAAGAAAACAGUCACAUUAUGGAAAUAUUAUCAUGACCAAUUAAUCGAUAAGAAUGUUUGA